ACCGAUCUCUCUGGGGCUGACAGGUCAGAGUGAACAACCCUAGCCAACCCAUAGCCUCCUGGUAGCUCCCGAUAGCUCCCCCGAUUGAUCCACUCCACAUAACCACAUACCAGCACCACAAUUGCACAUUACUACCAUAGAUAUCCCCGGCAGUACUACUACCGCAUGGAGCGCGGCACCAGCGGUGGUCAGCAGCAGCAGCACCAGCAACAGUCGUCGCACCACCACCAGCAGCAGCAACAGUCGUCGCACCACCAACAGCAGUCGCACCACCAGCAGCAACAGCAGCGACACCACCAACAUGUCGUCGCGGUGCACAGCUUCGAUCCCUAUUUGACCGUCGGCGGGGCGGACGAGGAGCACACGUCGGGCACCUCGUCCUUUGACAAUCCCGCCACCAAAAAGAAACCGCCCAAGCUGAAGCCCAUCCACCGAUCCCUGUCCAUGGCCAUCGACAAUUAUGCACCGUCUUCCGGGAAUCUCGACAUGGAUCUGGACAUGGAAAUGGGCAUGGAGAUGGGCAUGGACAUGGACCUGGAUAUGGAGAUGGAUAUGGAGGGCGAGGGUAUUGUCAUCAGUGAGAAGCCGCUGAUCCACCGCUCGGCCUCGCCCCUGCCCCAUCCCCGAUCCGGCGCCCUACCCCCGCAGACCCUAGCAAUCCCUGCACAACAACAGCAACAACAGCAACAGCAACAUAUUCUAGCCCAUCCCAGCCAGCGUGGUGGUGGGAGUGGUUCCGUAUCGCCAGCCCUAUCUGCCCGCCAGCAACACCAUCACCUCCUCCAACAACAACAACAACAACAACAGCUACACCACCAGCAACAACAACAACAACAACAACACCAACAACAACAGCAACAUCAGUUGCACUUGCACACUUUUCAGCAACUGGCCGCACAGGCAGCUGCUGCCAGGCAUCAAACAACCCACCAGCAGCAUUCACAAUCGCACCGCCAACAUCCGCAACAUCCGCAUCCACAUCAGCUUCAACAUCCGCAUCCGCAUCAGCAUGCGCACUCGAAGAGCUCACCAACCUCACACGCGGUUAGCCCGGUGCUGGGCCAGCAGCACCGCCAGCAGCCGGACAUUUACCUGGUCAGCAGCAGCAGCAGCCUGGGCGAUGGUGUCGGUGUGGGCAGCAUGGGCAUGGGCAGCAUGGGCAUGGGAAUGGGGCAACUGGGAAUGGGAAUGGGACGAUCGUUGGGUGGGAGCACAUCGCCCAUUCAGUUCAUUGACAUGGACGAUAUGCCACCGAAUCCGACGAUUGCCCCCCCGCAACAGCGCCCAAUGCUGAAGAAGAACCUGUUCCGGCGAUCCGACACCAUUGACGUCCAUCCGUCUACCAAUUUUCAGAUGAAGAAAACGCAUUCCUUCCACGCGCAACAGGAUCCCGCCGCCCUGGACCAAAUACAGCUGGCCGUUGCCGCAGGCUCGGGUGCUUCGAGUCGUCGCACCAGUUCGGUGAGGGGCAACUUUCUAAUGCCCGGUCCACCCGGGGGCGCCAAAGAGAUAUCCCGUUCGCCGUCGCCCAGCCGCAGGGGCUGUCGGUCGCACCGAUCGUUCAAUGAUCCGGCUCGAAGGCCCAGCGUUAAGCCCGAUUCGGUGGUGGAGUCGCAGAUACGGCACCCAUCGCUGAACGACGACCUGAUGGAGCCGAUGAACGGACGGAACUUGUUUGCGGCCCCCACCAAUCUGUCGCUGGAGAACGAGCUGUUCGUCGACACGCGUUCGCGCAGCAACAGUCACACCAAGAUGGAGGAGCUCGGCCUGGCGGAGAUCACCGCCGCCGCUGUGGCCGUGCAGCGACUGCGCAAGCACUCCGGAGCGGGCUCCUUUGAGGAUGCCGCCGCCGGCCACAGCGCCACCCACCCGCCUUCAGCAGCGAAUAGCGUUAAGCAGAAGAGGGAGUCGCACCACCCGCACACACGCCAGGUUAGCACACACAGCCUGGAGCUCGACGGACGUCCCUCGACCUCGGCGGCAGCAGCAGCGGCGGCCGCUGCAGCGGGCGGCCAUGGCCUGCAGCAGCUGCACAGUGCGGCGGCGGCGGCCAAUGCGGCGUACCACUUCAAGCGGGGCGCCCAGCACGGUCGCUCGCUCUACCUGUCGCCCAGCAAUCUGGAGGAGCUGGCCGUCCACCGGCCAGGUGUUCUGGCGGCAGCAGCGGCCUUCCAGGGCACCAACGCCAGUGCCAGCGUGAAGCAGGCCAAGGCCCUGCACAGCGCCAGCGUGCGGCUGCGCAGCUAUCGGGAGACUUUGAGCGCCUCCAAGAAGUCCAAGAGCUUUAUUGGCGACGCCAGCGCAGGGAGCGGUCCGCAGGCGGGCGACGACUUUGAGCUGAGCUCCCCCCACCGACGCAACAGUCGCCCGCUAUCCACAGUUGUGCCUGGGUCCAGCAUCGAGGAGAUCAAGAGGAGUCCGCGAGCCAUUUCCGCCUCGGCGGCGGCGGCUGCCUUCAUCGAGGAGAAGCGUCCGAGCUUCGAGCGGAAAUCAUCGCUGACGUACGACCACGAGCUGAGCGAUGCCGCCUUUGCUGCCCAGGUGCUGAGGCCCUUUCAUCACAAACUGGCCGCCGGAAGGAAGGGCUCCGUUACGGGGGGCUCGCACAAGCUGAAGAAAAAGUCGCUGAGCGAUGAGACCGACGAGGACGAGGCGGCGGAUCGCAAGCGCAAGCGGAUCGUCUGCAUUGUCCUGUCGACGGUCCUCUUGUGCCUGGUGUGCGCCAGCGUUUUCGUGCUGACCAUCACGCUGACCUCCAGCUCCGGCCAGGGCGGAAAGAAGGCGCAUUCGUUCAGCAGGGACACCCCCGUCCACUGGACGGGCAUGCGGCCCUCAUGAACUCCAACGCAGAGGCUGUGCUUCGGCCCAUUCACCACCCACCUGCCAGCUGGUUAUCCCCUGACUUUGGACUCGAUUUCGUUAACGUUUGCGUUUUCGCUUCCGCUUCGAUUCCGUGCUGUCGUUCCGCUCUACGUUUUGUUUCCUCUGAGUCUCCGGGUCUCUGGUUGCCCCGGACUGCUCAUCUGACGACUAAGGAUUGAGGGAGAGGAGCCAGUGGAGGAGAUGCAGCAACUAUCGAAGAGUCUUGCGACAGGAGAACGAGCGGAACAUCCGCGAGAAUCUGGAGCGCACCUGGAUGAUGAGGAACCGCACCGAAUUGAAUCUGCAGCGCCAGC